CCAUUUCAAUCUAAAUUUCUACCAACCUUUGCAUUUCAAGUCCGCAAAUGCAACAACAUCACCAUUACAAACUGUUGAGCCGAGUUCGAAGUAGUCAUUCAUUCUUUUGGGGUGCACUUGGCUAAAAUCACUGAUAAAAAAAAACCCUGAACUCUAAACAUGUUUGAUUUUUACAAUUAGCAGUAGAAACUAAAAGUAAUAGCAAUAGUAACUGUAAAGUUCUCCUCACAAUUGCAUGAACAAAAUGGUAUAUGAUGCAGGACAGCAGGAGGAUGUCUACCAACUCUCUCUCUCUCUCGGUUUUGUACAACAUAGAAAAAGUUUUGUUUUUUUCUUACUGGGGAUUGUACAGUAGUUUGAAAGAUCAUAUCACUAUACUCAGAGACACCGGUCCAGCAGAAAAUUUCAUAGAAAAGGAACCCUUUUUUAUUGAUGAUGAUACUUUUGACUUGUGCUUCGAAAUAUUCCCAGCCUUCGAUUGUGGGGGAAAAAACUUUCUCCCCUAAGCUCCAGAAGAUUAGCCAGCAGAGAGCCUACUGCCCAGGCUAUCAGAAAAAAGUACAGUGAGUGAGUGUUGCAAUCAAGGUUUCCUUAUUUCUAGCUUUGCUUGCCUUGGCUUAGUUUCAAAGCCAUCGCCUCAAAGUUUAUUUUUCAGAUAUAACAUUGAAUGAAUAUCUUCGACCUUUGGCUUUAAGAUAUUUGCAUGCUUACUGGGUAGCCCCUGGUCUGCCUUUUUCACCCAUAAGAAGAAGAAAAUGGAUCUGCUUUAGAAAAAGGAAAUAAGAUGGUAUACAGUUUUACUGUAUGUCUGGUAAGAUUCACUACUCUCUAUUAACGUGCACAUCUGGAGAUCUCUUAAAAAAAAGAAUAGAAUCAGGGACCAGAAGAUUAUCUUAAUUGCCAUCAUGGAUGAUUGUUCAAAUGGACGAUCAUGAUUUGAUCAAAGGGGUACAUUAGCCUGUGUGUUUCCCACGUACCAACCUGUGAACAAGUUGACCCCAAGUAGUCACUGUGUUCUUUUAUUUUUUUUUCUUUUAACAAACUCAUUUAAGAUUGCUGCAGUUCUGAAUGUCUCAGUCAUUGAUGCGCAGAAAUGGGACUCUGCCACCCGAUUUCGCUUUACCCUUAAUAGGAAAGGAAACUAUCAGAGGUUAAAAGGCACAGCAGCCUAGGCAAAAGCUGUGGAGUUCUUCUGAUUCAUAGGUCCCUUAGACCCAAAACAGGCAGCUGUUAUCCGUAGCUAAUACAACCCCGCAAUCUUCAAAAUAGUGUUAUAUUAGUGGAAUGAUUUGAAGGGGGAGGGAAGAGAGAUGUGUACUUGCUUGUGAGGAGAAGCAACACUGCAAUAGGCUAGAAGGGAAAAGGGUUUUCUUGAAGUUGAGUUGUCACUUGAGGAGUGAAAUUGGUUAAGCUUUUAAGCUUUUUUUUUAAAACCAUAUGACAAGAAAAGAGAAUCAUUUGCUUGUGAAGCAAUAUUUCCAUGCCAUUGCAAGAUAAGGAGGAGAGUUGAGUGGAGAAAAGUCCAAGAAAUACUAGAGGUUGUUAAGCCUUACUCUUUUCUUUUUUUGACUUUGGGAAGUGGGAUUUAGUAUUUUCCAGGCAUUUCCCAUACCACUUUAUAUUCCCACCACCUUUCAUUCCUCUCUCACAUGCCAUCAUAAUUAGUCAAUCAACAUCAUCGCCAUUUGAGGGUUUUGAAGAUAUGGAGGGAAGGUUGUUUUGUUUUCUGUUGGCUCUUCAAAUAGUAAGAUGGACUUGUGCCACUAGCAGGCCUUUAGCACCAAUUGAUGGUUUUGGAGUUCAUCAACCAGGCCAGAAGAACCCAGGGACAUUACAAGUUCCAUUUAGCUCAAAAGAAAUGUCUCUGCAGAGUUCUAAAAGCAAGGAAAGAAGCGGUGUCACAUUUGAAGAAGCAAAGGCUGAAGGGGUAAGUAAACUGGGGAUAGGGUCAAGCCCUCCAAGUUGUGAACACAAAUGCUAUGGUUGCACCCCAUGUGAAGCCAUUCAAGUGCCUACCACAAGCAAACGAAUCCAUGUGGAUUUACAGUACGCAAAUUAUGAGCCUGAGAGUUGGAAAUGCAAGUGCGGUCCUACCUUUUACAACCCAUGAACUAAAACCACGUACUCACACUGCUUUAGACUUCAUAUUUUCUCCUCUUUCGGUUCAGUCAGAUGAUUUUUCUUAACCAUUUGUACAAAAGGAAAAAAAAAAACUAAAUUCAAUUUGUCCCUAAAA